UGCACGGCUCUAGCAGAGAGAUUGUCUGCUUGCUUCAUAAAUAUGGGCUAGAAAAUAAAGCUGGUGCCUUGCUGUAAGCAAAAUAAGCUUACGCCUUGCACGACUGUCCGAAUGAAUUUUUCAUGUUGCUUCACGAAAUUUGUUAUGUUGCCAAUGUAGCCAUUCAGGUUAACUGUGGGUAGGAACAAGGAAGUCCAUAAAGAAGGACUGGAUAGAACUUUAAAUUUGUGGCAUAUUGCAUUGUUAAGGAAGUGUGAGAAAGAAGUAUGGAUUGGGCGUUGAGCUUUCUGCACUGCAGAAACUAAGUAAUACUUACCCCAAGUUCAGAAACGAUAGAUGCCGCAGGUACUUGCGUGGAAAAUAAAUGCUGACUGACGCCAUCUGAAACAUUCAUUGAGGUUUAUAUACUAUGUGUGAGAAGGUUUGCUAAGCCAAACAGGUUGAUGCACUAGGGCUGCAAGCGAGCGAAUGUUCGUGUAGUGUCAGGGUGUCUACCAACCGGGAAAACCGGGAAUUCUCAGGGAAUUUGUAUAGUCUGGAAAAACUCAGGGAAAACUCAGGGAAUUUGUGCCUUUCUCAGGGAAAAGUCGCAGUAAUGCUGGUUCGAGUAACGGACAGGACGCACUUUAUACGAUUCGUACGAAGCGCGUUUUCUCCACAGCCAUCGCCGGGCUCCCGCACUGUACUUUCUAGAGAACGUGCCAGGAAAGCGGCAAAAAGCGCAGCGCUUCGAAUUUCUAAGCGAGUCGAAAUUAUGCGGACACUUCCCGGCGCCACGUACUGCAGAGAACGGGCUUCGUAAGGCUCGCAAUCAAGUUUUUCGACGGUCGCCGGCGUCCCCCCCCCACUUGUUGUUUCCCAGCUGAGAAAGCUCCAGCGAGGCGGCAGAAAGCGUUGCGAGCGAGACUAUAAACUCGCGGACAACUUUCUGUGGCUAUGAAGGGAAAGCUACGGGGGCGGAGCUUCUGCCCAUGUGUUACCGCGCCGACUAGUCCGUCAGCGCUUGACAGUGCUUUCGGUUGCUCGGAGAAGACGCUGAAUCGACGCUGCUUCCACGAGCGGCGGUCCCCUUUUGUCCAGACGGGGAAGGGAAAAGCCGCAACAUAAGUAACCUUUUACGUUCAGUGGUGUGUUUUGUUUUAUUUACCUGUUUCUAAUAAGAUUUGUGUUUUCUCUUCCCCAGCUUAAGCUAACGUGGAUGAAAACGCGGGACUCUUCAGAAGCGCUCACUUGCGCGCGCUUUGCCUCCGUAGCUUUCCCUGCAGAGCCACAGAAAGUUGUCGCUACGCUUCCGCUUUCCAGUACGAGUCUUAAACGAACUUUUCCUGCGCAAUGCUUCGACGGAAGCGUCCAUUUCUACCUCGAGGGGUGGCACGCGCGGAACGCAGGCGGCAAAGCAGAGGGCGACUAUAGCUUCGCGCCCUGCCAUAACGCUGCCGCGAGCUGCCGACGCUGGCAGAGAUACAAAGUAUGGAAUUGUGUCGCAUUUUCUAAGUUUUAGUGACCCCGUUCUGACCCGACUUGGUUUAGUUACAGCAGUGGUGCAGCAGGCAAGCUUUGUUUGGUGUCAAGUAUGAGCGCGUCCAAGUGUACUUUCGUCCAGGACUGGAAGAAUCCGAAACAUUGUGAGUUUGCCACCUGGGUUAGGCCCGUUGAAAAUAACGUGAACACGGCGUACUGUACGCUAUGAAGAAAGCAGCUUUCGCUGAGCAACAUGGGAAGAAGAGCGCUGACAAGUCACGCUGUAAGUAAGAAGCACCGACUUGCUGCAAACGGAGCCAGGACACCUUCUGUAGCUUCGUUUCUUACGCCGCCAGCAAGUGAACCGUCGGGCGCUGUUGUGACCAAAGCUGGGCCAGUGGCGUCAGGUUCUGCGCCGCCUUCAUCUUCUUCAACCACAGCUACGGACAUCCAACCCGAGCGUGCGGCAAAGGAUAUUUUUCAACGUGACACAGAAGUGAUAAAUGCAGAGGUGAUGUGGUGUCUCAAUGCUGUCAUGACGCACACAUCAUUCCGUGCUGCCGCGGCAUCGGCUUCUCUGUUCCCGUUGAUGUUCCCAUCAUCAGCUACUGCCAAGAAAGUGCAGCUUGGCAAAGAUAAGGUGGGAUAUACUAUUGUCUAUGGCCUCGCACCUUUCUUUAGAGAGAGCCUCGUGUCGGAAUUGAACCAAGCCUCCUACCUCGUCUUAGCGUUUGACGAAUCGUUAAACAAAGUUGCACAAAAGGAGCAAAUGGACGUGUUGGUUCGCUUUUGGUCGGAUGCAGAGGGAAGCGUGAAAACACGCUAGCUGACGUCAUGCUUUCUUGGGCGCACGCGAGCUGAAGAAUUGGUGUCCGCAUUUAAAAGUGCCACUGAUGGACUCUCACGUUCGAAAAUUCUUCAGAUAUCAAUGGACGGGCCAAACGUCAACAUGAAGUUUCUCCGUGAGAUCAAGCAAGAACUGUGUGAAUCCAAUGACGGCCGCCAAAUUCUCGACGUUGGAAGCUGUGGCCUUCAUGUGGUGAACGGCGCGUUCAAAACCGGACACGCUGCAACAGGAUGGCAACUUGUGGAAUUUCUCUGGGCUAUGUACAAUUUAUUUAAAUGCGUACCUGCCCGACGUGAUGAAUACACACGCAUUACCGGGAGCAACAUUUACCCUUUGAAGUUUUGCUCUGUGCGAUGGCUUGAAAAUGUUCGAAUAAUUUCGAGGGCUCUUGAAGUCCUGCCUUACCUAAAGGUGUACGUUGAGUCGUGUCGAAACGAGAACAAGCGACCGACCAGCGCCAGUUACGGCGUCGUCGAAACAUCCAUCCACGAUCCUCUGUUGUCUGCAAAGCUAACUUUUAUGCUUUGUAUCGCGGAAGAAUUGCAGCCGUUCCUGGCUCAGUUCCAGACGGAUUCGCCUGUGCUUCCAUUUCUUGGUACAGCAUUGGAAAAUCUUCUGCGAUCACUAAUGAGUAGAAUAGUGAAGAAAGAAGUGAUGAUGGCAGCGGACAGUCCGUUGAAGUUGAUAAAGGUUGACAUGGACCAGCAUGCAAACGUUCUUGCGACGCCCAAGAUCGACCUUGGCUUUGCUACGAAGAAUGCGCUCCGAAAGGCCCCAAAACUUUCAGAUGGUACUAUUUUUGAGUUCAGAAGGGACUACACCGCUUUCAUAAAGAACUGCGCCAACAAAAUCGCGGAAAGGUCGCCGUUGAAAUUUAAGCUGACGAGGGGAUCGUCCUCUCUGAAUCCCGCGUGCGCCCUGAUUCCGGAGCUUGGGGAAAGGCGUUUCACUGAUGCACUCGAAGUUGUGAUGGAACACCAAUGGAUGACCGGAGCAGAAGCUGAUCGGGCAAUGCGGUCCUACAAGCAUGUGUGCUCCUUAGCCUCGGCGCAAGCAGCGUUGAAAAAUUUUAACAGGAGCACGGAUCGGCUGGAUACCCUUUGGGCAGGCAUCUGUGGUUCACACAAGGAACUACUCACUUUUGCCAAGAUGAUUCUAUCUCUUUCGCACGGAAAUGCGUCUGUGGAGCGGGUAUUUUCUGUUAACAAGGGCUGUCUUGUCGAAAAUCAGAAGGAACAAUCUCUGGUCGCCCAACGAAUCGUCUUUGACGCCAUGUCAUCGGCUGGAGGAGUUGCCAGCGUAGAAGUGACCAAGAGAAUGCGUCAAAUGGUUCGUGGGGCGAACGCACGGUGGAAGGAGGAGCUAGAAAGGACGAAAACAGAAAGGGCCGACGCACUCAAGAACGAACGAGAAAGGAAGCGUGUCGCCGCAUCUUUGAAGCAGCUCGAGCUAAAAAAACAAAGUGUUGGCUGACGCCGAGAUGCAGGUGUCCCUCAUUCAAACUGAAAUAAACUCUCUAAAACAGUGAAACGCAACACUGGGGCGUUGUGCGCGAGCUGAGCGUAUAUCAGGAAGGUUGACGUUGUCUUUGUAGCUGGUGAGAGAGAAUCACUUGUGAGAAAGUUCGGGCCUCCAACCAAGAUGGUUGCUAUCACUUAAUAAAAAUAGCUCACUUUGAAAAAUAUUUGCUUCUGUGUGCGCAUCCUUUUUAUUCGUAUUUGACAAUAUUCGACUCAAUUUGCAAACGGCUUUACCAUUUUUUAUCGAGAAUAUUUUACUUGCUGUGCAUUUUACUAACCCUUCUGUUUUCUUUUUGAAUGAAGUAAACAUUACACCUUACUAUUCAAACUAGAUUAAGUGUUUUUAUAAUUGCAGUAGCAAUUAUAUGGACUCUCCAGGUGCGUUUUUACCGUCGCCAUCGCCGUGAGUCUACGUAUAAAGUCCAAGGGCGAUAAAAUCGUCGGCGUGCCCCGCAUGCUGUAUGUGCGGGUGAAAGCCUACGCGGGUGAGCCGUCGACAGCGGCUCAAUCUCGCGCACUCGACGGAGGAAAGCGGCGAGGAAGUGCACUGUCGCGGGCAAGGCACCAGGGGAACGGACGAGACGCUCAUUUGAGGGAUCGACAUCCGUUUGUGUUCAGGCGCCAGUAAGAGCGGGCGCGAGAGAGAAGGUCUGGGUGCUUCUGCUCCUUGAAUAUAUGACUCUGCCUAGGCACUACGGAGGAGGUUUUUUAGCUCAUAUGUGUAGGCGUUUGUCCCUAGGCGUGCCGGCAUUGCGGAAUGGAGUCGAGUUUGUUUACGCACGGACGCUGGCUGCCGGCGCGGUAAAAUAGGUGUAGCAGCGGGCACUGACGCCCGAUGUGGCGACCGCUGUCUCGGACAUGCUGUCUCGCGGCUGCGGCGCUCGUGCUCAGUCAGUUGAGCACAAGUGGCUGAAAGGCCGCCGGUGACGAUGAUUGACUCAGCACCAGCGCCGCAGGCGCGAGAAUGUCUGUCCGAUGUACCUUCAGAGGCAAAGUUCUGACUGGUGUUGCAAAAAUCGUGGGGCGCGGGAGUGCUCGGGCUUAGCGUCACAAGUUGACGGCUGGACGUAAUUAUGUUUAUUCAAUCGUCUGCUUUACUAAUUGUAACAGCGUGUCAUUAUUUCGCAUUAUUGGCGGCCAUUCCAGGACACCAAAGCUAGAACCCGGACUGGUCCGUGGGUUGGGGCUCGCCGAGGCCUGCGCGUACCUGGGGUGUAUAACAUGGGAUGUCCGCUAUCGCGGACAGCCACUUUUUUAUGCGAACACCCCUUGGUACGCUUCGGCCUCCGCGGCACCAACCCACGGGGCGCCUUGCUUCCAGCUUGGAUCCCCCAGCUACCCGUUGGGUGCCCUGGAUAUCCUGCGCUGUCUGCUUUAUUAUCACCUAAGGAGCUCUCCUGAGUCCUCCGUUUGCCGGUUACAUGUGCGCUCCUGGAGCAGUGCUUGUAAAAAAAUCGCAUCUAUCGUCGCGACGAAAAAAGCGACCCGCGACUUAUACAACUUUGCCCCUUCAGAAACAGCGAUCACCAUAUGGGGCGUCCGUGCCCAAUGCUUCACCGCGCAGGCAGCCCGCGGACUCCGCACUCCGCAAAGCCGGCAUGUCUAGGGACAAACGAAUACAACACGCGCUA